AUCAUUGGUUACUUCUCACACUCCUGUUUCUCCAUCUGUCUCACACACACACACACACACACACGCAGCGCUCAGUGUCGGGUAGAGCGCGCUUAUUGAGGAUUAGGGCGCGUGCAGCGGCAGGAUGAAAACGACGGAACUUUAGAAGUAAAGGAUGGGGUGUGCACAUGGUAAGGAUAAGGAUGAGUCGAAGCUAGCAGGAGGUGACGACCAUGUGGCAUUUCAGACUGAGCGGAGUCACUUAGGCCCCACCCCUCAGCACAGCCCCGCCUUCGGAGUGACAUCCAUCCCCAACUACAACAACUUCACAACAUCGGGAAGUUCUCUCACUGUGUUUGGGGGAGCCAACAUACACACACAAACACACACCGGAGUCCUGCACACACAACAAGCAGCAGGUGUGACUCAGUUCGUGGCUCUUUAUCAUUAUGAAGCUCGGGCUGAAGAUGAUCUCAGUUUUAGUAAAGGAGAGAGAUUUCAGAUCAUCAACAACACGGAGGGUGAUUGGUGGGAAGCUCAUUCUUUGACUACAGGAGGAAGAGGUUACAUUCCCAGCAACUACGUUGCUCCAGUCGACUCAGUCCAGGCUGAGGAGUGGUAUUUCGGUAAACUGGGACGGAAGGAUGCAGAGAGGCAACUGCUUUCUACAGGAAACCAGCGAGGCUCAUACCUCAUCCGGGAGAGCGAGACCACUAAAGGUGCAUUCUCUCUGUCUAUACGGGACUGGGAUGAUGUUAAAGGCGAGCAUGUGAAGCACUAUAAGAUCCGUAAACUAGACAGUGGAGGGUAUUACAUCACCACACGCUCACAGUUCCAAACUCUACAGCAGCUUGUGCAACAUUACUCAGAGCGUGCAGCAGGUCUGUGUUUCCGAUUGGUCGCUUCAUGUCAUAAGGGGAUGCCCCGCCUCAAUGAUCUGUCAAUCAAAACCAAAGACGUUUGGGAGAUUGUGCGAGAAUCUCUGCAGCUCAUUAAGCGAUUGGGCAAUGGCCAAUUCGGGGAGGUCUGGAUGGUGGAUGCGGAUGGUCUGUGCUAUCAUUUAACCGGGGUGUGUGUGAACCACACACCAGAGACUGUGGGUCUUACACAUGACACCUGGGAAAUUUCUCGCAAGACUCUGCAGCUGAACGUCAAGCUUGGAGCGGGAUGUUUUGCUGAUGUCUGGUGUGGAACAUGGAACGGUAACACCAAGGUAGCGGUGAAGACCCUGAAGCCAGGCACCAUGUCCCCUGAGUCAUUCCUGGAGGAGGCUCAGAUCAUGAAGAAUCUUCGCCAUGAUAAACUGGUGCAGCUUUACGCCGUCGUCUCCGAGGAGCCCAUCUAUAUUGUCACCGAGUACAUGAGCAAAGGAAGUCUGCUGGAGUUCCUGAAGGAUGGAGAAGGUCGAGCUCUGAAGUUACCCAACCUCGUCGAUAUGGCCGCUCAGGUAUCUGGAGGAAUGGCCUACAUUGAGAGAAUGAACUACAUCCACAGAGAUUUGCGCGCUGCCAACAUCCUGGUAGGAGAAAAUCAAGUGUGUAAAAUCGCAGACUUUGGUCUCGCCAGACUCAUUGAGGACAAUGAGUACACCGCUCGCCAAGGUGCAAAGUUCCCUAUUAAGUGGACCGCUCCAGAGGCAGCACUUUAUGGAAAAUUCACCAUUAAAUCAGACGUCUGGUCCUUCGGCAUCCUGCUCACAGAACUGGUAACAAAAGGACGAGUACCAUAUCCAGGGAUGAAUAACAGGGAGGUGUUGGAGCAGGUGGAACGUGGCUACCGUAUGCAGUGUCCUCAGGACUGUCCCGUGUCCCUGUAUGAGCUCAUGCUGCAGUGCUGGAAGCAGAACGCAGAGGAACGUCACACCUUCGAGUACCUUCAGGCGUUCCUUGAAGAUUACUUCACUGCCACAGAGCCGCAGUACCAACCUGGGGACAACUUAUGAUCUCUCCCUCCAUCCCUCCCCCUGCCAGCCUGGAGGCGGAGUCACAUAUUUCCUCCACUUCUUUAUUCUUGCAUUUAUCUCCCGAGAAGAAGAAGAAGCUCCUGACUGACACAUUUGAAGAACAAAUUUUUUUUGUAUGAACCUGAAUUGUGGGAAAUAAUGUUGUUGAAAGUUGAAAUUUUUGAGCUCACAGUCUAGCGCCCUCUUCUGGUCUGGAGAUCAUUUACAGAGUUAAUAACACAGAUUCCAGACGGUUUACUGAGGGGAAGUAAUGUGUCUUCCACAACUGAUGGAGAAAAGAAAGAAAUUGUGAUUAACUGUGCCUUUUUCAGUAUUUAUUUUGGGGUAUUAACAAUUGCUUUAGCGCAGGGGUAAAUAUGCUGAAAUAGCAAAUAUAAAACAGCGAAGAAUUUUUUUUUUUUAUUUAUGUUUUUUUAUAUUCAUGCCCAGAGACCCUUUAUUAUGCAAUGCUGCCUUUGUUGUUUAGUUAGUUGGGUGUUUUUUUUUAUUACAUUUUAUGCUAAUGCUAACCACAAAUAUAUCAGAUAAAAAAAAUAAUAUAUGUCGCUUUUUUUUUUUUUAGCCAAAUGUAUGAAAGAACUCUUGAUUAUAAACAGACGAAACAGUAUUAUCCUUUUUCAGUGUUAUUCUCUUCCUCCGCUCAGGUUAUAACGACCGCAAUGAGCGAUCGAUAUCCUGUGAAACAAUUUCAGACUAAUUUUUUUUCAUGGACGUGUUCGUAUUCUUGUAUGUUUGCAAUUCAACCUGGGGCACAUGUAAGGAGUGGAACACCACCACAGGGGGCGCUAUGGUGGCGCUUUAUUUCCCAUCCUCGUCGAAUUCCCUUAACGAUCCACAGCUAACUACCGGUCUAAGCGGUCACAUGACCAACUUACUAUAACCAGCUCUACAGAAAACCACAACUCAUUCUGGGGGGGAACUCGAUUAAGGGAACGUGAACGAGGGGACAUAAAACGCAGCCGUACAAGUUUUUAUAUUCCGGUUUUUGCUGCAUGUUCUUUUUUAAACACAUCAGAAAUUUUGUAAUAAAAAAUAUUUUACACUUUUA